AUGACUCGAUUAUGGUAUCGAGACCCUCAUAGUGCACUCGCCCUAGCCGAUGAGGAAGUGGAAGCCAUUGAUGGACUCCUCGAGCUAUCACCCAGUCCGACACAGCAAUGCGAUGUUCAGAUGUUAAGCGAAUCAAUCAGUGAGCUCAAAGACCGUGUUAAUGGGCUGGAAGACCGAUAUGGUACCCCUUCUCACCUGGCAAGAAAUCUAGAUGCUGACUAUAUUAGAAUUACGGAGAAAUAA